AUGGCUACAGAUCCUUCGGGAAAGACUCGGACAGUAUUGUUUAAAAAUAAAGGCAAAGAUGCCGAUGAAAUGCGCCGUCGGAGAACAGAAGUUACUGUGGAAUUACGAAAGAGCAAGCGAGAUGAGCACAUGUUGAAGAGGAGGAACGUACCGACACAGGACAGCACAGACUCUGAAGACAAUGAAAAGCCCUCUACCCAGUCUUUGGAAACUAUUGUUGCCAACGCCAACAGUCCCGAACCAGAGGUACAGCUGAGUGCAGUCCAAGCGGCCAGAAAAUUGUUGUCCAGUGACCGCAACCCGCCAAUCGAUGACCUCAUUGCUUCGGGCAUCCUUCCGAUACUGGUCAACUGUUUAUCAAAAGAUGACAAUCCGGCCCUACAAUUUGAAGCGGCGUGGGCGUUGACCAACAUUGCCUCUGGCACGUCCGCUCAGACACAAGCUGUGGUGCAAGCAGGUGCAGUACCUUACUUUCUGCAGCUGCUGAGGUCACCACAUCAGAAUGUGUGUGAACAGGCUGUCUGGGCGCUGGGUAAUAUUAUCGGUGAUGGCCCACAAUGCAGGAACUACGUGAUCAACCUGGGUGCCGUUCAGCAUCUGCUGACCUUCAUCAAUCCCAGCAUCCCCCUGCCUUUCCUCCGCAACGUUGCCUGGGUGAUCGUCAACUUAUGUCGGAACAAAGAUCCCCCGCCUCCUGCAGAGACAAUUGAAGAGAUUCUUCCUGCCUUGUGCCAGCUCAUACACCAUGCUGAUGUCAAUAUAUUGGUAGAUACUGUGUGGGCCUUGUCGUAUUUGACAGACGGAGGCAAUGAGCAGAUUCAGAUGGUGAUUGAUAGUGGUAAGGUUCCUUUCCUCGUGCCGUUGCUGGCUCAUCAGGAUGUUAAAGUUCAGACGGCAGCGUUGAGGGCUGUAGGCAACAUUGUAACAGGCACAGACGAGCAGACGCAGACGGUGCUCAACUGUAACGCCCUGCAGUACUUCCCUUCCCUGCUGACUCACCCGAAGGAGAAGAUUAACAAGGAAGCGGUAUGGUUCUUGUCAAACAUCACAGCUGGCAACCAGCUGCAGGUACAAGCUGUGAUUGACGCAGGCCUUAUCCCUCUUAUUAUCCAUCAUCUCAAUCGGGGAGACUUCCAGACACAGAAGGAAGCAGCAUGGGCGGUGAGUAACCUGACCAUCAGCGGCAAGAAGGAACAGGUGGCUUACGUGGUGGAGAUGGGCGUGAUCCCACCCUUCUGCAAUCUUCUGUCGGUGAAGGACCCCCAGGUGGUCAGUGUGGUUCUCGAUGGAAUCAACAACAUCUUGAAGAUGGCUGGCGAUGACGUGGAUCAGAUUUGUCAGAUCAUUGAGGAGUGUGGAGGACUGGACAAAAUCGAGGGACUCCAGAAUCAUGAAAAUGAAGAAAUCUACAAACUGGCGUAUGAAAUUAUCGACACAUACUUUAAUGAUGAGGCUGAGGAAGAAUCACUGUUGCCUGAAGCAUCUCAAGAAGGGUACCAGUUUCAGCCCGAUGCCCAGAUACCACAAGAAGGCUUCAAGUUUUGA